GAUAUUGUCUCAUGCUGCGCUUCGCCGGGCUGUCUGGCGCCCGCGUCUUUUUCACCCUGUCUGUGUCCCAUGUCUUUGUCUCUUGCUGCUGUCAUCGAUUCCACCCGUGAGAUGUCCGCACUUGCCUCAUACGAUGUGUCAUACUGAGGUGGGUUUUGUCCCCGCUACGUUCCUUUCACUCAUGUCACUUUACUAUAAUGCCAAGCGUGUUGCGUCGCUGCCUAUCCCUGACGUGUCGUGUCUGUGUACGCUGCAUGUGUAUGAUGAGUGGAAUAAGGUUGCGUGACUGCUGCUGAGUGAUCCGUUCAUGCGUGCAAUGCAGUGUCCUUUCCUUUUCGAUGUCGGUAUGUAUGAGCAGAUAGCCGCGCCAGAGCAAUACCUGCGUAUGGAUAUUGAGGCGCUUCUGGCGUCUCUGUUGCUCCUUUGGCGUGUGCACCAGUGGAUGAAAGUAAGGGGUGUCUUGCGUGGAUGUUUCCGCCUAAGUAUAUGGAAGCCAAUUGGCGUCUGCACUUAGGGAAGCAAUCGUAUGUCAUCCCUGCACAAAAUGAUUUGAUUCAUGCUGAUUUUGCCAAUGUGUCGUCAUUUUUAGACGGCCCGUGCACAACGCUCAGCAGCGGGGUACGGCUGUGCUGUGGCCGAAGAUGAAGCAGCUUCGUGCUUGUGUAAGUGAAUGGUCUGCAAUGAAAUGGCGUUCUCUGAAAUGAACCCGAUGUGGGACAUCGAUUGCUUGCAAGAAUUGGACAGCGUGUGUCUUCGUCGUUUGAUGCAUUGUCUCUGAUAUAUUCAUGGCCAUGCCGUUCCAUCGCCACCUGCUGUAUACAUCCAUGGUAUACGUAAUCUUUAUCCCAGCUGCUGGAUGCACGGUGCACUCCUGAUGCCCUUCGUUCAUUACAUACACUCUCACUCCGCUAUGUCUCACUCUGCUAUGAUGGGAAACAACACACCGGGGUCACGUCCGGGGUCCACACUGCAUGUCUCAUGGCUUGUGAACACACGUAAUAUGCAUCAGAAGUGAAAGAGCUGUUAUCCGCAUAUCGCGAGACUAAUCCUGCUCACCAUCUGCGGUCUGCUGCGUGCCGAUCCGCGCACAUGCAGUGCACGUGCCGAUCUGCGCACCUAGGGGGAGAGUGCGGCGAAAGGCUGCUGCUUCGGCCGGCAAGCUGGCCCUCCACUCAGAAAGCUGAACAGACGCUCAAAGCCAGCCAGCGAGAGAAAAUAAAAGUCGGUUGUGCCUCAAUGAACGAGAGACCUUAAUCACUGAAUCCAAGCACUCAAUUGCCGUGCGCGGCGCCUUCUCUGGCGCCCUGAAUGGGAGGUGUGUAGCGACACGCGUAUGUCCGUCGAGAAUCAAGAUAAUUUGCGUCUCAUUUGUUAUUUCUUGCUGCGCUUUGGCAAAGGCACUAGGGGCUGAAGGCAGGAGGGGAUUCUGUCUGAUUUCCUGACUUCUCUUCAUUCUACUUCGCCUUUUUCAGGGGCCAGCAGGGACGCGGCGGACGUGGCCCGUGCGCAGGCCGCCCGAAAGAGGUAUGACGAUGUCACGAAGCGGGUCGAUAUCGUCCGCGCCAUCGCAGCCGCCAUUAACGAGGACGGCUUCGCGACGAGAGCGCAGGGAGAGGUGAUCGACCUCCUCACAAAGGAACUCCGCAUGGUGAUGGGAGGCCCCGAAGACUACCCCGACCUCGACAGAAUUAUCUGGGACGCGUACAGCGGUAGGCAUUUUGGCACACACACGCACACAUUUCUCCGCAUCCUUUCCACACACAGUUUUCCCCGAGAAGUCACCGGACCGCCACCAGCGCCUCGAGCCCGUCAGGGCCGCUCAAGUGCAAGGCAAGUCGCACGCACAGACCACAUCAUCUGGUUGCAUGGAUGUGCGUCUUCUCUGCAGGAGUCAAGGCGGAGCUGCAAAAAAGAAGGGCCGCCGCAGAGCCAGCCGCGAAGGCUGACCCCAUGAUGUGCAGGCUGAGCAGUAGGCGCAUAUGAAUGGAUACUUGUGCGAUAGGCAAUCUGGUGAUAGGCUGGCCCCUGAGCGAGAACACGUGUGUGUGUGUCUGUAUGUGUGUGUGCGUAGGACUCAGCUGGCUACAUCAACGGAUGGGAUCUUGCGGCUGAAGCCGGUGUGUGCCACGACAACAUCAUAAAGGCGCCCCACAUCCUCGCGGUGCGCUCCCCACACGCCGCCGUCAAGCUGGCUGUUAUGUGCAACGGUCAGUUGAAAUUGGUGAAUGUACGUCAGCAGGGAUUGACGCCUUGCAUUUGUUUUCUUCUCAGGUUGGACUAUGGCCGACCCUGCCUUUACUGGCGGGAUCGGAGAUGACCGCGAGUUCGUGCUUAUGCCUCUUAUGCAGCAGGCGCUCUCCGGACUGCGGCACUUGCACAAAAGGGGCCUCAUCCACACCGACAUAGAGGUCCGGCAAAGAGCACUUACGACUUUUUCCUCUUGAUUUAUUCACUCUUUCCUUCGUGUUUGGAACGAAACGGCAGGGAAACCUUGCGGUUGACCUUGAUCCUGCCACCAAAGAAGCUCGCCUUCUUAUCAUCGAUCUGGAUCGAAUGGAGAAGCACAACAACUCAGGAACAAAGGACUUCGUAAGCCACCCACCUGUUCACAAAGUGGAUGAAGACACGGAAGCGUCCAUGUGUCUGAACAGAUGGAGGAGCCCAUGGUGGACACGUGGGAUAUCGGUAAGGCAUUGACCGUCCUUGGAGCUGGGCCUGGUUUUUGUUUCUUUCCUUUUCACGGUAUCUAGGCAAAGUUUUUGACAAACUGAUGGGCGAGAACAAGGUACACACACAUACUUUUGUGUAUUGGUGACAUGUGCACACAUGAUGUUGUUGCCA